AUGCAGACCCCGAGACAGCCUGGAGAGGCUGUGAAGGCUGCAAGAUGCAGUCGCAGGCGGGCGCUGAUGCCUAGACUUCCCCGACCGUUACCCUCAUUGGACAAUGGAUCGGUGGAGAAGCCAGACAAGUACGAGGGUCGGUACCCGCUGCGUAACCUGCAAGUGACUUCAGGUUACCGUGCAUUCUCUGCGUGGGUGCAGGUAUCUUGCUCGUACCCGGCCCCAGGCACCGGAGAUGCCUGGGGACACCCGGGCAUCCACUUAAUGGACGAUGGGGCCAAUCAGAGCCUCGGAUGGACCUAUGACUCACACCUGCUGACCGCGUCCAUUGGUCUAACGCCCAAUACGCCAUAUACUGAACAAGAACUAGAAUAUCAAGAAGCGUUCCAAAAUGGCCUCUUUCUAAAUCCCCCCCAAGGAAAGAGCUCGUCUAUCUCUCGUGAGACAGGCAUCAUAGAUCCUCAACGGACUUCGUCUUUUAUCAAUAUAUCUUCUUCCCACCCCUCAGAGUCUCCUGUCCCAGGACCUCUGAACUUUAGCACCACCUCGGGUAGCUCAAGUUCUUUGAACAACUUUUCUACGUUCGACAUCACGUCGUUCAACACGGAUCACCAUCAGCAAACAUGGCUCCCUACACCCCCGCCCCCGCAGCCUACGGCUCAGAAUUUGAAUUCCAACAACGACAACAACAGUGCCAACUCCCUACAGGAGGACUUUGUGCUAUAUCCUCCCCAGCAUCCCAGGGACUCUCGUGCGCCAGCACCUCCGAGUACAACCCCUAGAUUUCCUGCCAAUCAUCCAUCUCUGGUCCGUCUUGGGCACCUUUCUCGACGACAAACUCUCAGUUUGCAGCAGCAACAGCAGCAGCAGCUCUCAGCCUCGCCAGUACAGGUUCCCCGCUUGACCAGACUUGCAUUGCAGUCUACCGGGUUCCCUCUGUCUUCGUCCCAUCGGUUUAGUCCCUCCACUAGGAAGCACCUCUUGCGUCUUCACGCAGCGUCCGUUGCUUCGAAUUCUCCACCUGCAGUUCUGAAUUCUGCGUACCCCAAUCGCCCGCCCGUUCCCCUAUUCAACAGUCCCGCCAACUCCACGUAUCAGAAACGGCAACAAAUUCCAAUAAAUCACCGUCGCAUAAUGUCUACUCCCAACAUCGCUCAAGGUGAGCUUUGGCUACGCUUCGCCCAGUUUCAUAAAGGGGCGCAUGUUAACAUUCCAUCAGAUCUCCCCGAUCUCUUCGAUCUUCACGCUGAUCGCUUCGGGGACGAUUUGGUUCCUACAACGGAGCCCACCAUGCUCUCCCCUCAGCAAAUGACCGCCGGCGUCAUGGCAGGUCCCGAUUCUCUGGCAGAUUUGCCAUCUGGCACGAUCUCGCCCAAGGAUCUGUUCAUGGAUGCCUCUGCUCCGCCGUCGGCGUCUUUCACCGAUUUGAGCACUCCCUCAUUCGAGUCCCCAGGGUACUUCAGCCAAGACACUUCCCCCAUGUUCGCUACGGACUUGGAACUAGGCCCUGGUGUUGAGGAGUGGGGUUCUCUCUUCCCCACUCAGGAUGAUUUCUCCUUGGGUCUUGAUACCACUGCCCUUGAACUUGCGGCUCUGUCGCAGCCCAAGGUCAAGCCAGAUGUCACCCCUGCAUCUCCUAUGAUCCGGACUACAUCGUCCCGUGCUUCCUCUCCCUCCACUCGUUCAGUGACCAAGCACUCGACUGUGGCCGGUGUGAACGCGCGCCAGAGAAAGCCUCUGCCUCCGAUUAGGUUUGAUUCUCAGGAUCCCGUCGCCAUGAAGCGUGCUCGCAAUACUGAGGCGGCUCGUAAGUCUCGCGCCCGUAAGCUUGAGCGCCAGGAAGAGAUGCAACGUCGGAUUGAUGAGUUAGAGAAGUCGCUCGAAGAGGCUCAACGUCGUGAGCAAUAUUGGAAGGCUCUUGCCCAGAACAAGGCCUAA